AUGAGCUGGCAAGAUAGCAUGGAUGGCUGGCACGAGUUGCAACAGAAGGCGAACGGAAGCCCCUCGCCGACGUCGCCGUUGCCGUCGCUGCCGUUGCCGGCGUUGACGAUCCAGCUUCUGUUCGCCAUCUUCUACUACUUCCUCAUCCUGCGGAAGUACCCCAAGCUUCCCGAGGACGCCCAGAUCUCGCGCGAGGUGGUCAGGUUCCAGGAGAGGUGCGUGUGUGAGGUGCUUUGCGAGUGCUGUGCGGUGCCGAACCGCUGGGAGAACAUUUGCUUGUCGUGUUUCUGCCAUGCCUCUCGUACGGCUCACACCAUGCACACUGUGGGUGUCAUGGACUUCUGGCCCGGCGUUGUGCUCAUGACCAUCUUGCCCUGUUGCACGCUCUGGCUGGUGCACUGUCUCACUGAACUCCCGGAGAAGCUCGGGGCAGCCCCGCGCGGUUGCUUCAAGGAGUGCCUGUGCUGCCUGUUCUGCUUCAGCUGCGUAAUAGCGCAGGACGCGAUAGCCCUGGACAUGAUCGUUGGGGCCAGGACCAAGAUCUGCAGCGUGGACACCGUCUCGUGA